AUUCACCAAGUGAGAAGACUGUUCUUUGACAAUUACCAAUAGUGUCCAGUGUCUUUAAAAUAAAAACAAACUAAGGACUAUCCAGUCCACACCAAAUUCAGUUUAGUUCGUUCCAAUCUCUGUUAAUUCUGUUAUAGCACGGAUACAUUUCUAAAAAUAAUAAUAAAAGAGUUUGAUACAAUGCAAAUGUUUUGUUUUGUGUUUGUGGAUUUUGUAUACGAAAAUCGACCUAUUAUAGACCCUACAUUUUUAGUAUCCUCUGUGGAGAAACAAAACUUUUUAUCGUUGUGGCCUUAUCAAGGCUUAUAAUGUUUUGUUAUUCAUGCGCUUCUAUCGAUUGGUAUACCAUGGUACACUACCUUUAUGCAUACAUAUAAUGACAAAACCAGCACUGCGCCAGUUCGACUCGUUGGGACCCCUGGAACUUUCCCAGUUAGUGGAUCGACAGUUUACUCUAUAUCAAGUGUUCUCAAAACAACAGAAAGAGUCGUUGCCGAUUUUCUUAACAACAUGGCGAGUAACCUGAGCGGGAAAAUCCAGACGGUUCUGGGUGUCAUUGAUCCAUCCGAGCUGGGGUUGACCAUGACUCAUGAACAUCUCAACAUUGACUACGAAUCCUGUUUCAGACAACCACCAGAAAAAUACAAGGACUACGUCAAUCUCCCACUCACUAUAGAGCAUCUGUGGUGGAUACAUCACUACCCGUAUUCCUCAAAAGCCAACCUCGAGCUAAAGACGGUGCAGAAUGACGUCAAAGAUGAGCUUAAGUUUUACCAUGCGCACGGAGGCAGGUCCAUCGUGGAUGCAACGAACAUAGGGAUUGGACGGAAUUUGACUGAACUUGUGGAACUGUCCAAUGCCAGCGGGGUUAACAUAAUAGCUGGAGGAGGGUACUACUUGGGGUCAACUCAUCCGCCGGAAAUGAGCACCAUGACCCAGGAAGAGCUUGUGAAUGGAAUGGUGCAUGAGGUCACAGAGGGUUCAGAUGGCACAAAGUACAAGUGUGGACUCAUCGGAGAAAUUGGCUGCUCAAAUGAAAUCACUGUUAAUGAGAAAAAGGUUUUACAAGCAACUGGUGAGGCCCAGGCUCAACUAGGCUGCGCAGUGCUGAUACACCCAGGAAGAAAACCCACGUGUCCCGAAGAGUGUCUACGUGUGCUCCAAGAAGGUGGAGGGGAGGCUAGCAGGACCGUUAUGUCCCAUAUUGAUCGUUGCCUCUUUAACCGAGAUCAAGUCUUGGAAUUUGCCGAAAUGGGAGGCUACAUCGAGUUCGAUUUCUUCGGCACCGAGAAUUCCUACUACCAGUACGAUGCAUUAAUGGAAUUACCAAGUGAUAUCCAACGUAUUCACCUAAUCAAGACUCUAGUGGACGAGGGAUUUGGGGACAAGGUUGUGAUCUCACACGACAUACACAGGAAAAUGCAACUGAUGAAAUACGGAGGUCACGGUUACUCCCACAUUGUCAUGAACGUGCUACCCAGGAUGCUGGUAUGCGGUAUAUCACAAGAAAGCAUCGACAAGAUCACGGUGGGGAACCCACGAACCUGGCUUACAUUCAAGUAACACACCAUG